AUGGCCACGCCAGCAACUGCGAUUCAGCAGAGCGAGGUUCCAGUCCUUGCUUCGACCUCGCCGCCUUCGCCAUUGGACGAAAAAGAGACAGGAGAUGGAUCCUCAACGCCCGAAAAGAUGACUCCAACUGCAGCGCCAGCAACCCCAAAGUCGCUGAAGUUUUGGUCCGUCUUCCUUUCCCUGUGCCUGUUGGGCCUUUCUACCGCCUUGGAAGCUACUAUUGUCACUACUGCUCUUCCUACCAUUGUUGAGUCUAUCGAUAUGGGGAGCAAGUAUGUUUGGGUGGGAAACGCUUUCCUUCUUGCCUCUGCCGUCGUACAGCCUUUUGUCGGCCAACUAGCCGAUGUCUUUGGGAGACGAUGGCCUCUUCUCCUGCUGACCACUUGCUUCAUCCUCGGCAGCGGUAUUGCGGGUGGUGCAAAGGGCGCUGGAAUGCUGAUUGGUGGCCGCACUGUGCAAGGUCUCGGUGCGGGCGGUAUAUUGGUGCUCUGCGAUGUCGUGGUCAGCGACCUGGUACCGUUACAGGAGCGUGCAAAGUUUAUGGGACUUGUCAGAAUCACGGGUGCUCUUGGCUCUUCCAUCGGCCCCAUUGUAGGCGGCGCCAUCGCUAAGGCCAACUGGAGGUGGUGCUUCUACUUGAACCUCAUUACAGGUGGCUUAGCGCUUGUUUACCUUGUUCUUUUUCUGGACCUCAAGCACGAGCCCAAGACUUGGAAGGUGGCUCUCGCCCGCAUCGACUUCGUUGGCGCAGCAAUUUUCAUGGCUUCCGUCACUUCGGUUCUGCUGGGACUCGUCAUGGGAGGUGUCGUAUUUCCAUGGGAUUCGGCGAAUAUCAUCGCACCUCUCGUUCUCGGUUUCGUAGGAUGGGCCGUCUUUCAUUGGUACGAGUCGACUAAGUUUUGCAACGAUCCUAUGGUCCCUAAUCGCCUCUUUGCGAAGCGAACCUCGGCAGCUGGAUUCUUCAUGGCUUUCGAUGGCGCCCUGCUCCUCUACUGGGUCAUCUGGUUCUUGCCUGUUUAUUUCCAAGGCGUCCUAGGCAACUCACCUCUAGGAUCCGGUGUCAAUCAGCUUCCACUCAACAUGCUCCUGGUACCAUCGGGGAUCGUGGCGGGAGGCAUGAUCUCUAAGACGGGAAAAUACAAGCCGCAGCAUUUCGUAGGAUUUGCGCUGGCCUCCAUCGGAGUUGGGCUCUUUACAUUGCUUGACGCAGGAUCGCACAAGGCUGCGUGGGUCUGCUUCCAGAUCAUUGCUGCCGUCGGUUUGGGUAUCAUCCUAGUAUCCGUCUUGCCGGCCGUCCAGGCAGCGCUCAGUGACGGCGAUGUCGCGAGAACAACAGCCACAUACGCGUUUGUGCGAAGCUUCGGUGGUAUAUGGGGCGUAACCAUUCCAACCGUCAUCUUUAACGGUCGGGUGAACAAGCUCUUACAUCGUAUCAGCGACAGAGGCAUACGAGAGCAACUAGCCAAUGGAAAUGCAUACGGCUUCGCUUCAAUGGGUGGCUUGCGGAAUGUCAGGCCACCCACUAGGGACGAGGCUCUGGGCGUCUACUCGGAUGCUUUAAAGACCGUGUGGCAAGUUGGCAUUGCCUUUGCUCUCGCUGGUUUUCUGGCGGUCUUUGCAGUCAAGCAGUACGACAUGUCGCGAAAGAACGAAACACAAUUUGGACUGAAAGAGGGAACGGAAGACACGACAGUUUCCGCAGAGAAGGGCGAGACGCCAGCUCCAACGCCGUCGUCAACCUUCGCCCCGAAGCAAUGCAUUCCCCGCACUUCUAGUCUUCUGAAUUCCAUGAUAGGCGAUAGCACGAUUACUGUCGCGAGGCAGUAUAUACGCGAUCACUUGCCUCCCAUCGCUGCCGGUGCAGUCAUUCACGACAACGGAUGCGGUACCGGUGCCGUUACGCGUGCCGUUCUCGAAACUUACCCGGAGUUGGUCUCGUCUUCACCCGAAACCACCAUCUACGCAACCGAUAUUAACCCAGCUUUUAUAGCAGACUUUGAGAAGCAGGUGACAUCACGAGGGUGGGAUUCUGCGGUGAAGACAGAGGUCAUGCCAGCCGAAGAGCUCUCGCUACCUCCGUCUACCGUAACACACUCAUUCACGAACUUCCUCAUCUUUGGCGCCAGGGACCCACCAAAGGCGGCCGCCGAAGUCUUGCGCUCGCUUGCUCCUGGGGGGGUGGCGGUGAUGACAACCUGGGCAACGCUGCCACAUGCCAAGGCCUUGGACCGUGUGCGCGCGAGACUGUACGGCGAAGCCCACCCGCACAUCAAGCCUGAAUGGUAUGAGGCGUCGCAUGUCGAGAACAUACUUAAAGACUCUGGGUUCGCAAAGGUCACGGCUUUCAAGGUGGAGUCGGGAAUGGAGCACGAGAGCAUGGAUGCUUGGACGCAGCUGGCAUGGAGCUGGAUGGGCCAACCACAGGGAGGCUGGACAGAGCAGAAUGAGCGCGACUGGGAUGCACAUAGGAGCUUGUACGGAGAUGAAUGUGUGAAGGAGGGAUUUCAGGUGGGCGAGGCUGGGCGCGUUCGUGUGCCCAUGGUUGCCAAUGUUGUAGUAGCCUGGAAAGGAGAGCAGUGA